UAUAUUUGAUUAAGGAAAAAUCUGAAUCACUAGAUAUGUUCCAGGCUUAUAAAGCCAAAGUUGAAAAUUAACUCGAUCGAAAGAUCAAAGUGGUGAGAUCGGAUAGGGGUGGAGAGUUCUAUGGUCAACACACUGAUAUUGGUAAGGCUCCCGACUCUUUUCAUGAACUUUGUAAAGAUCAUGCAUGGGAUCAUCAAUCAAUAUACCAUGCCUGAAUUUCUCUAUGCAGUGAAAGAUCAAAUGAAAGGUUUUUCAAUGUUUCCGCUCUUUUUUAAUUUCUAUUUUCAAGGAUUUUGGUCCGGCUUCUUCAUUGGCCGAGAAUUUUGUCCGCUUCAUGUGAGCGUUUGGUAUGUUAUUCUUCUAGCAAUGUCUAGAGGUUUUGUGUUAUUAAUCGGUGGAAUCGAUCUGGUGAAUCUUUAUUGUUCAUGGUUGGUAAAGUUUUUUCAACCUUGUUGUUCCAAUGCUUCAAAUACAUGCCCACCACCUGAACCACCGCCUCGCUCUGGGAAGAAGAACAUGAUCAAUUGAAUCUCCUUUUCGGUGGCUGGUCAAACUGAUGCUUCGGAAAAUUUUUGUUCCAUUGAUUUUCCUUUGUUGGUUGUUGGUCAAACCAAUUCUCCCUUUCCGGUGGCUGAUGAAGCCGGAUCUUUUAGUUGUAAUUUUUUAUUUUCUCUUUGGAGUAACAAGAAGAGCAGUAAGACUGUUAGACUAGACUACAUUAUUGCGGGGUUAGAGAUCUGGAAGGAUUCAUUGGAUCUGUUCCGUUCUAUGUCUCAUCCUAUUGUAGCCUUGGGCUAUUCAUUCUCUUUUAGCUUUGAUAUCGUUUAAUAAUAAAUUAGUUAUUUGAUUUUCAAAAAA